AUAGUAGUGGGUACUCUACUCUGGUUACAUGUUACUCUACAGACUCAGGUAUUCCGUCCGAUCUUUUGUCCACCCACGGCCCAGACUCCAAACUUGUCACUCCAGACUCCAUCCUCCAGCCUCCAUCCUCCAUCCUGCAUCCUGCAUCCUCCAGCCUCCAGAUCCUCAAGCCAAGCCUCCUCCAUCCUCCAUCCUCCAUCCUUCAUCCUGCAUUCUCGCACUCAGCUCAGCUCAGCUCCGCAGGCAGGGCUGCCAAGAUCCGUCCGUCGCACCACUUCGCCCCCUCGCCCCCUCGCUCCCUCAGUACACUCCCAGUACACCCCCAUCUGACCACUACUGUCAUACCCCAUCGCCGUGGAAACCAAGGUUUUUGCUCCAGUGGGUGGUGGUGGGUGGUGGGUACUGUACACUACAUAGUGGUGAAGGGAGCAAGCGGAUGAUCUACGGUGCGUGCGUGCUGCUUUCGCAGCAGUGUUUGGGGCAAAUACUCUACAUGGAAAUGGUUGGGCAGCGCCGCCUGGUGUUCGCGCGUUUUUGGUACCGGGUUUGGUGUGAUGUGACUGCAGGACGUGGAGGCAAAUGGAUGGGAGGGGGUCAGAUGUUGCUGCUGCUGCUGCUGCUGCUGCUGCUGCUGCUGCUGCUGCUGCUUACACAUGCUGCUGCUGCUGGAUAUUGGUUGGCGAUGAAGCUUG